AUGAAGAAGAAGAAGUUCAAGUUCGACGACGUCCUCAUCGACGAGUUCUUCAGCGGUGUCAAUCCGUACGAGGACGCCAACGAGAAGGGCAGCGACAUCUCGUACGAGGGCAAAGACAUUCUCACCUGCAUCGCUCUGAAUGUCGAGCUCGCCGUUGAGCUGGGCAAGCAACUCGACGGCAAGGAUAUCCUGAACCUGUGCCUCGCCAGCCGUCACUUCUACAACACCGUCAACACCUAUCUGCUCUCCAGCGUCCGCUCAUGGAUCGAGUACAGAGCCCCCGAGGCCGGCCGCAUCUUCCACUUCCAGCUCUACGCAAAGCACCUCGUCGACGAUCCGCUCAAGAGGACCUGGGCGGCGCUGAAGGAGGGCCAGACGACGUCGCCCGACAAGGGCAGUCAGGUGCGCAAGGUGCCCGGCCUCAAGUAUCUGCAGCUCGUCCUGGGCCGCGACAAGUGCUGCAAGGACAUGCUCGCCAUCAUGGCACGCUGCGGCCACCGGAUGCCGAAGACGAUGCAUCACUCGCUGCUGCGGCUGUGGCUGCUCAUGGACGUGUCGACCACCAGGCAGAGGCAAACGAUGCUGGAGAUGACGAAUCUCUUCAGGGACGUCGACUUGUACAACAUCCAGAUGUUCCUCGUCAAGCUCUCGAUGCUCUUCAACGACCCCGUGUAUGGCCCCUGCUCGCUCGAUCUAGUGCAGCUGAUGAUGGGCCAAAAGGGGCUCUUCAAGCUCUGGCAGCUCAUUACGCGCAAGAAGUUCUACAAGCUCUCCGACAUUGUCGAGCUCAAGCUGCGCUACGACAUUCCUCUCUUCACCGAGGGCACCUACUGGAUGGAGCAAUCGCUGCACGCGGUCCAGGGCAUCCCCAUUGAGGACAUUGGCCAGUACCACAGGGAAGGCUGGGGAGCAGGCGGCACCCAUCUCUCUCGUCCUGACGAGUUGAUCCCCGUAGAGGCCGUGCGACGAGGCUUGAAUCUGGAUGACCAUCUGAACCACAUGGUCAUCUGGGGAUACUUUGACUGGAAGACGGGCGAGAACAUUGUUCCCUCCCUGGAAGAGAUGCACAUUGAGAACGAAGCCGAGGUCCUUGCCAACGUCGACACGACCGAGCACUGGAAGCCGAAGCACGUCUUGAAGAAGCGCUGGAAUGAGCUCACGCCCGAGCAGCAGCAGGAGAUUCUCGCCGACGAAGAAGACGACCGCUUGCGUGCGCAAGCCUGGAGCAGCACCCUGGACGACGACGACGACGCUGGCAGCCUGGACGGAUCUUCAGACUCCGACGCAGACGAAGCGUCGGAUCUCGACGACGAGAUUCGCCGCGGCUACAUCGUUCCU